AUUGGACAUAGCUGACUUUAAGUUCAUCACAUCCAAGUUAUCUUUCUUACCCUUCACGACCAGUGGUUUCACCUGCGAGCCAGACUCGACUGCACACAGUCUGUGGCUCGGGAGGACUCACAUCUCAGUCUAAAACGUCCACUCCGAACACUCAAUCGAUGGUCACGGCAGACAACCUGAAUCUCGAUGUGCUCGAGUUAAUUUUUGCAUUCAUCUCUGGAAAUGAUCUCGUCGCUGUCUCGUCUGUUAGCAAGUCGUUCCUCGCUGGCGUUAUUCCGUGUCUGUAUGCCACAGUCUCUUUCACCGCAAAGCAUGCCAAACGAUAUAGGCCCGAAGGAGGAGGGAUAAUGUCACCAUUCCUUACUCUUCGCAAUCACCCUGAUCUAGCUGUCCACGUUCGUCAAAUUGACAUACAUGGUGCACCGUUCAUCGCGGCUGGACAAAUACAUCCGAAAUUCCUUUCGGAAACUGCAGACGCACUGCAGGUUUGCAAAAACUUGACAUCGUUUGUGUGUGGGCCGAGGAUCCUCCCAGCCCUGCUCGGCUCCUUGCAGGGAAAGGACCGCUUGCAGGAUCUGCACAUCUAUGCCACGCUCACAACAACGCAAGGGGAGAUGCUGCAAAGCAUCACAACGCUAAGAAGCCUGACUCUGGACUACCCAACCUGGAAUGUUGUAGAUUCGCUGACGAGAUGGGCCCAGUCGCUACAGCGGACACUUUCGCACCUCACAAUCUUCAUGUCUCAAGAAGUAAAUGGUAUAUUUUUGGAAGCCUUACUCCCUCUACUGCCUCGUCUUCGUGGGCUGCAUGUCAUUGGAUGUCCAAAGGCUCCUCAUACAGUGGUCAUCAAAGCUGCCGCAACACACACCCCAUCGUUGAAGGAAUUUUCUUUCACUAUAUUCGAAAAUACCCCACCACAAAGCCUUUUUUGCCCGCCUACUAUCACCUUACCCACCCUGCGACAUCUCGCCAUUGAUGUGCGCCCGACAUCAGAUGCAACGGCUGUGACAAUUACAUCACUCUUUUUUUCAAUGACCUCCCUGUCUACACUUGUACUCAAGUUUGCGGACCGUCAGCUCCCUUUAUGGAGCUCUGUCAUUGAUCUCAUUGCUCCGCCCAGCGCUGUCACAAUGCCUUUGAAGCGUCUUGCUCUCAUGGACUGUGCAGUUUCUAUUGACAUGGUUCGAAAGCUAAGCUCGAGGUGCAAAGAUCUAGAAAUGCUGGAGAUACCACUGCCAAUUAAAGACAUCCAAGCCUUCACUACAGCAGUAUCAAGUUUGAAAGAGCUGCACACGUUGACCGAUGUUGGUGAUGCCCACGCAAGCCACGGCCCACGUGCGACCUUGGCAAGGAAUGACGUGAGAUACAUGAUGCAGGCGUGCGUGAAUUUAAAGACGAUAGUAAGUGAUGGGCGGAUGUGGACGGGAAAACCGGAUUUUUUCAUUGGUGUAACGGUCACGCCUCAGCGGUACAAGGCCAACGCCACCCAACAUUGGUUUUCCCCUUUGAAAGAAGAUUCAUAUCUGAGUUGAUUGUCGCUGUUUUUCAUCAUGAUGAGAUCAGAUAACCACGCUUAUAAUCUACGAGAUACUGAUAAUUGAUGUAGCCUGCUGAGGUAACUCGGUUGAGUGCUGCAGCCUGUGGUGGAAUGAACUGCUGAGGAUUAAUGCACGCUUCGCAGCGUACUUCUCAAGUUCUUCCAGCACUUAAUGAGUGUUUGCUCAUUAAUCGUUAUUGAGGAUAUCGG